AUGAGAGUACAUCGGGCUCAAUUCCGGUAUGAUAAGUGUGGCGCUGUUGAUCUUGUCAAAACUUUUCUGACCUUUAAUUUUAUGGUUUCUAAGUUAGCAUCGAGAAGUGCUGAGAAACCCCCUUUUAGAAAUUGUGCUUCGCAGGACGAAACGGGUUCUGCUUCUCCAUGCGUGAAGCACUGUUCGAAAGUGAAAAGAAGCCCUAAUGGAAAGUCCACCUCAAAUUCGCCUCCAUCCUUCAGAAUGGCCAGUGGGUGUCCUGUAGUUAAGGAAGUGCGUAAGGUUACUACUAAUGAAGUAGAUGAGAUUAAUGAAGGAACUAUUGAAAAAAGUCGGUACCUUGGGUCAAAGCGGCUUGGUUUUUCUGACGCCCAGUUUAGACCUUCAAAUAUGCUUGUGAAAGCAGGUAGUGGACGAAGUUUGUCGCCAAGCGCUGGGCCAUCGAAGACCAACACAAAAAGUGAUGGGUGUAAAAAAAGCGGGUGGAGAGCACAUGAGUCGUUGAAACACUUUGACGACAACAUAAUUGAUCUUAUUGAAUCUGAAAUCAUGUCCAAUAAAGAAGUCACAGGUUGGGCGGAUGUUGCUGGUUUGGAGGGAGCUAAAAAAGCUCUAAAAGAGAUUGUUAUUUUACCGUUCCUGAGACCAGAUAUUUUUAACGGCAUUAGGGCUCCUCCAAAAGGUGUAUUAUUGUUUGGACCACCGGGGACUGGGAAGACAAUGAUAGGUCGGUGCGUGGCUUCUCAGUGCAAAGCAACAUUUUUCAAUAUAGCCGCCUCCUCCCUUACUUCGAAGUGGGUAGGAGAGGGCGAAAAGUUAGUAAGAGUGUUGUUUGCUGUUGCUCGCCUACUACAACCCUCUAUAAUUUUUAUUGAUGAGAUUGAUUCACUGCUGACGAGCAGGAGCGGAAGCGAGCAUGAAUCGUCUCGACGCAUAAAAACAGAAUUCUUGAUACAUCUUGAUGGUGUUGCCACGACCAGUGACGAAAGACUCCUUGUUCUUGGUGCAACUAACAGGCCGCAAGAACUCGACGAAGCUGCCAAGCGGCGGUUUGCGAAGCGACUGUAUAUAGCUCUUCCGUGUUUAGAAGCGAGGAUGCUGAUUGUGCGUUCGCUUCUUAAAGCGCAGUCUAACAGCCUUUCUGAAGAUGAUAUUAAGAAAAUCGGCGAUAUUACCGAGGGCUAUUCCGGCGCUGAUAUGAGACAGUUAUGUGCUGAAGCGUCAAUGUAUCCGGUUCGAGACAUAAUAGAAUCAUCAUGUUUGGAUAUAGCUACAGUUCCCUUAGAACAGGUUCGACCGAUUUCUCUGCAAGAUUUUGUGGAAGCAGUAAAAAUCGUUCGUCCGACGGUUGUCGAGAAGGAUUUAAUAAGCUAUAGGGAAUGGGAUAAGCAGUUUGGGUCGUUAGGGCACAUGGAGAGCUGA